UGACAACUAGCCCCGGCGUCAUCUAAUAGAAGCUGUUAAUCUUACAGGGUCCAAAUUGUUCUCUGCUUAAACCGUUUCUGUAUUUUGACAUGGAGCCUGCGAUGACAAUGCAGGAAUACAAAAAUCUUGAUAUGAUCCGCCGUCACUGAUGCAGCGUGCUGUGACAUUGAAAAACGCGUAAGGACGAUAAACGCAAUCAACGAGAGCGCGAGGGGGAGAGAGACAUAGGGCGACAGAAAGAAAUAGAGAAAGAGAGAGAGAGCGGGCGAUCCAUCGGCGCAGUACCAAGCAGUGAGCUCAGAACUCUGCGUCUCUCAACAAUCACAAAUUGAAAUUUCCACGAAAUAGAGAGAUUGGGAUUUUUUCCGUGAUCCAGUGAGCUCAUCCACACAUCAUAUUCGUCUCUGCUGAGGAGGGAGAGGGAAAUAUGCGCUGAAUGAAUGCGGACCGGUCCAAAUAGGCGUCUGGACGUGAAUGAUAUCAUCAGCAGCGGUUCGUGGGAUUUCACAGUCCAGUGUAAAGAGAAUGAAUUGAUGGUGUUUACUAAGUGGCAGCGGGGCAGAUGGGGAUCAUCAUGACUUGGCUCUGGAUUUUAACUUUGACCAUCAGCGUGCACAGAGUGUUGGGCGGCCCGCGGUUUUCGCAGGAGCCGGCAGAUCAGUCAGUGGUGGUCGGAGAGAGGGUGGUCCUGUCCUGCGUAGUGUUUAACUACACCGGCAUCGUACAGUGGACUAAAGAUGGUCUCGCUCUUGGCAUCGGAGAGGACUUGAGAGCAUGGCCGCGGUAUCGUGUUUUGCGUAUAUUGGAUGUUGGGCAGUAUAAUCUGGAGAUUACGUCAGCAGACUUGUCGGAUGAUUCGCUGUACGAGUGUCAAGCCACUGAAGCUGCUCUGAGAUCAAGAAGAGCCAAAUUGACUGUUCUAAUCCCUCCUGAAGGUCCUGUUAUUGAGGGCGCUCCAGAGAUCCUGUUAACUGCAGGAACCGCAUAUAACCUCACAUGUGUGUCACGAGGAGCAAAGCCACUAUCCACAAUAGAAUGGCAGAAAGAUGGGAUUUUAGUGGAGGGAGCCCAUACGAGCACCGAGGUUUUAGCAGACAGGAAGAGAGUGACCACACGCAGCUUUCUAGAGAUCCACCCAGUGGAUAAAGACACAGGCCGGAAUUUCACCUGUGUGGCGUCAAACCUGGCAACACCUCUGGGGAAGAGGGCAACCGUAACUCUCAACAUCCACCAUCCCCCCACAGUAAUUCUGUCCAUAGAGCCUCGCUCCGUUCUAGAAGGAGAGAGGGUUACGUUUACCUGCCAGGCCAUUGCCAACCCUCCCAUUAUGGGUUACAGGUGGGCUAAGGGAGGUGUGAUUCUGGACGGAGCCAGAGAAAGUGUGUUUGAGACUACAGCAGAUCACUCGUUCUUCACCGAGCCUGUGUCCUGCCUGGUCUUUAAUGCAGUUGGGAGCACGAACGUCAGUAUAUUGGUGGACGUCCAUUUUGGUCCGAUUCUGGUUGUGGAACCGAGGCCUGUAACUGUAGAUGCUGAUUCUGAUGUCACUCUUAAUUGUAAGUGGGCAGGAAAUCCACCACUCACCCUCACGUGGACCAAAAAGGGCUCCAGUAUGGUCCUCAGUAACAGUAAUCAGUUAUUGCUAAAGUCUGUGACCCAAGCGGAUGCUGGUCAGUAUGUGUGUAAAGCCAUUGUGCCCAGAAUCGGCGUCGGUGAGACCGAGGUCACGCUUACCGUCAAUGGUCCUCCGAUUAUAUCAAGCGAGCCGAUCCAGUACGCUGUGAGAGGAGAGAAGGGAGAAAUCAAGUGCUACAUUGCCAGCACCCCUCCACCAGACAAAAUUGUUUGGGCCUGGAAGGAGAAUGUGUGGGAGAAAGAGAGAGGAACACUGUUAGAGAGAUACACAGUGGAGCAGAGCAGACCUGUGUCACAAGGGGGCGCUGUUCUCUCCACUCUCACCAUCAAUAAUGUCAUGGAAGCAGACUUCCAGACUACUUAUAACUGCACUGCAUGGAACGCUUUUGGACCGGGAACCAUGAUCAUUACACUCGAGGAAACAGAUAUAGUGCCUGUAGGUGUGAUAGCAGGCGGAUCUGUUGGAUCUUCGAUUUUGCUGCUCCUCCUCCUCUUUUCUCUUAUAUUCUAUCUCUAUCGACAACGCAAAGGCAAUCGUCGUGGAGUCGCAUUGAAGCCAGACAUUAAGGUGGAAACGGUCAACAAGGAAAGCCACAGUCUUGAAGAAGAGGCCGCCAGCGCCUCCACAGCAACACGAAUGGUAAAGGCCAUGUAUUCUUUUCUUCCCUCUGUCUCCCUUUCUCCCUCCACACAGCCUUUCAAAGAUGACAUGGACCUGAAGCAAGACCCUCACAAUGACACUAUGGAGACCAAGGUGGAUGAAUAUGAGCCUAAGGACCCCACUAAUGGCUACUACAACGUUCGAGCUACAACGCACGAAGAUGUCCGGGCCUCCACCCGCUCCUUGCUGUACCAAGAAUUUCGCCCACCAAAUCCCGCGUCGGUUUCGGCGUCAGCCGCUGGUCCGGUGCCCAACAUUCACCCUGCGCCCCCUGGCCGUUACGAACCUCGCCCCGCAUCCCGAAUAGCUCACAACACGUAUGCCCAUUUUAACACCAUUGCCAGGGUGCCGCACAGUAAAGGCCCGCCCAACCCCAUCUCCAAGACCACAGACUAUCCCGCAGAUCGCGGGUUGCUGGAAUCGACCAAUCCGUUAGCUUUCGACAGCUAUGCUUAUUCAACAACACCUCAAUAUAGGUUAGGGUUUGCCCCACCUUUGGAGGGAGGACCGGCCUAUGAAAUGUAUCCUACGGGACAAGGGGCGGGGACAAGUCAAGGGGCAGGGACGAGUCAAGGGGCGGGGCCAGACCCAGGUGUGGGAAAAUACACCAGCUCUGCCCAAUUUCCCUAUUCGACCCCUCCCACGGAGUACUCGCAGAGACACACGCAAAGAAUGCAGACUCACGUGUGA